UACAACGGGGCUGGAGAGCUUCUUGUGGAGGCACACGAGCUUUUACCUCCUGCCUGCCCACGGCUGGAGCUUCAGCCUCGUCAGGAGUUUGUGUUCGUCCACAGAGGGAGUUUUUAAUUAUCUUUUUUAGCACAUUGUUUCUAUUUACUUCACUGUUACGGUUACAGAUACGCUCUGGAGCCUCUCGGUUCUCCCUGCUGCGCUUGUUUGCGCUGAGCUUACACCGGGGAGCAGUGCACAUCAGCGGACUCACUCGGGGGGAGAUUACGGAGCCGAGCGUGUGAAUGGACCGAGGUUAGAAGGCACCAGGGGAGCAGUGCACAUCAAACCUGCCCAGACUGCAGCAUCAAUAACACCUAUUACACCGUCCAGCAGCAUGCAGUGUGAGGAGCUCUAUCAGAUGCUUUCCCACCCCAAACAGUGAAGCAAAGGGGGGUCGGAGAGGAGGAGGAUUUAUGGGAGAUUUGUUGGAUUUUUAUCGCCGCGUCGUUGCAAACUUGUGUCCGGGAUGGGGAAGGAGCAGGAGCUGCUGGAAGCCGCCCGGACCGGGAACGUGGCCCUGGUGGAGAAAUUGUUGAGUGGAAAGAAGGGGAUACUGGGGUCAGGCUCCGGCUCCAUCCCACUGCCCAACCUCCUGAGCAUGUGGAAGGGCCUGAAUGUCAACUGCACAGACAGCUCAGGAUAUACACCUUUACAUCAUGCUUCACUGAACGGACACAGGGAUGUGGUGCUAAAGUUGCUCCAGUUUGAGGCAUCCACAAAUGUGGCUGACAGUAAAGGAUGCUUCCCGCUGCACUUGGCAGCCUGGAGGGGGGACGUGGACAUCGUCCGCAUCCUUAUCCACCACGGACCCUCACAUUGCCGGGUCAACCAACAGAACCAUGAGAGGGAAACAGCACUUCACUGUGCAGCCCAGUACGGACACUCUGAGGUGGUUUCAGUGUUGCUUCAGGAGCUGACCGACCCCACUAUGAGAAACAGCCGACAGGAGACACCCCUGGACCUAGCAGCGCUAUAUGGACGGUUACAGGUGGUGCGCAUGUUGGUGAGCACUCACCCCAACCUCAUGACCAGCCACACUCGCCAACACACCCCGCUUCACCUGGCUGCACGCAAUGGACACCACAGCACGGUCCAGACGCUACUCGAAGCUGGCAUGGACGUCAACUGUGUGACCGAGAAUGGCAGCGCCCUCCACGAGGCAGCUCUCUUUGGGAAGAUUGAUGUAGUUCGCCUUCUGCUGGACUCAGAUAUCGACACAAAUCUGAGAGACAGCCAGGGGAGAACAGCUCUAGACAUCCUGAGAGAACAUCCUGCACAGAAAUCUCAGCAGAUCACCGCUGUUAUCCAAGAGUACAUGAUGGACAGGAUGGAGAGGAUGAGUCUCAUGGAGGAGCCCGUCCGCAAGUGUCCAGUCCCUGCACCUCGGACCUCUGUCCCCUCGCCAUCUGCCUCCCCCUCCCUCAGACACAAGAAUGACGCUGUGACAAGCGAGCUGUCCAAGCUGCUCCAUGAGAUCAAAAAGUGCCGGGACAGGGAUUACUCCUUCGAGGAGCUCUGCCACACCAUCUCCUCUCACUCCAUGGACAGCUUUGGCAGCGGGCGGCUGUCUGAUGAGGAGCGACCAGAUCGGCCCAACGGCACCCUGACUCGAGUCAGCAGCAAGCGGCCAACCCCACCUCUUGCCCCAGCUUUGGAAGAAGAUGAGGCAGACAAGAGCUGUGGCCCCACAGGAUUCUGGGAGGCCCUUACCCCCUGCAACGGCUGCCGCAACCUUGGCUUCUCCAGCCUAUCACAGAGUUCAAAGCAUUCAGCAGAGAUCGUCACCUCGCCGUCCCUUGAUGUUUUCCUGCCAGAGGACGAGGACAAUCCAUACGAGUCGGUGACCACAGCCGUCACACGCAAACCCUGCUCACUCGAUAUCAACCACCAGCUCAACGCCUGUCCUCGCAAUGGUCAUUCGUCCCAUGUAGCGGUGAGUGAGGGGGAGCAUGGUAACCAUGGCAACUGCUCAACAGGCCCAACUCCAGACUGCUCCCCCCCCUCCCCCGACACAGCCCUGAAGAACAUAGAGAGAGUCAUCCGCCCACAGCCCAAGCAGCGCACCUCCCUGUCCUCUUCCCUGGACGUCCAAAGGCCGGUCAACCACAGCUGCGAGCCCAGUGAGGUGAGCUCGUCUCUGGGUUACGCCAGCUUCAGCACCAGCCCUCCCGCCAGCCCCCCUCUCAGCCCCAACCAGGAGGACUCCGCAGGCUCCAACGACGACUGUCAGCUCACAGACGACGGGCCGUACCAGCGAGACCCGCCUCCUCCUCCUGGCUGCUCUUCCUCCACAACCAACGCUCUGCCAGAGGACCGCAGGAAAAGCCACAUCCCAGAGGAGUUUGCAGGCCUCCUCCAUGGAUCCUCCCCAGCUUGUGAAACCCCUGAUACACCUUAUCACCUUUAUAGCCCCAAACCCCGAAAAUACGCCUCCACAGAUGUCCGGAGCAGCCUGCUGCAGACCCCCGACUUCAGCAUCGUGAUCGGAGGAGCACCCACACAGGUUUUCUCCAGGACAGAAGGAGAGUCGUCGCCUCAGAGGAGCACCAACGACCCGCUGAAGCCACAGGUGGUGUACAGGACUGUCUUCCACACAAGAGUCAACCAGGACCAGGCCCAGUCUAAAGACAGCGAGCAGCUGGACAUACCUCGAGGCUGGUCCACGCUGGGCCGCCCACCGUCCUCCUACUUGGAUCAAAACGGGGAAAUUCCAGAGUUACGAGGGAUCCAGACAGGAGGUGUGCCCAAAGGCGGCGCAUCAGGAGCUGGCUACGAAGAGAGGGCGUGCACCCUGGGGAGGAUGAGGUCCAUGCCUCGCAGCGUGUUAGACCUGCAGCUUUCCAAGUCACUGUCCAAGUCUGAUUCUAACCUGGUAGCUGUGUCUCCCAUACAGGAGGAGCACAGCUGGGGGUCUGGAUCUCGUGGCCAGGGGCCUGGGAGUCCCAGCCCAGGAGAGGGUGGUAGUCCUGGGGCAAGACUGGAGAGAACACCCUCCUUCACUGCAGAAUGGGAAGAGAUUGACAAGAUUAUGAGCUCCAUUGGGGCAGGAAUCGGCAGUGGAUUGGACAUCAAGGACGAAACCGCAGGUCCCCGCUGCCCGCUGCAGUCCGUGGGCCAGUGGCUCGACUCCAUCGGUCUGGUCCAGUACGAGAACCACCUGCUGGCCAAUGGAUUCGAUAACGUCCAGUUCAUGGGCAGCAAUGUGGUGGAGGACCAGGACCUGCUGGAGAUCGGGAUCCUCAACUCGGCCCACAGACAGCGCCUCUUGCAGGCCAUACGGCUGCUGCCAAGAGUGCGACCUGUCGGCUAUGACGGAAACAACCCCACGUCCGUGGCAGAGUGGCUCGAGUCGUUAGAGCUCGGUGACUACACCAAGUCUUUCCUCAUCAACGGUUACACCUCCAUGGAGCUGGUCAAGAAGAUCUGGGAGAUUGAGCUCAUUAAUGUACUGAAGAUCAGCCUCAUUGGGCACAGAAAACGGAUCCUCGCCUCAUUGGGGGACCGGCUACACGAAGACACCCCACAGAAACCUCCGCGGGCCAUCUCCCUACGGGAGCCCGGAGGGAACCACACUCCUCCCCAGCUCAGCCCGUCAGUGGGCCAGGCAGCGUACACGGCAGGGGUCCCGGGUGGAUCUCUGGACGUGCAGCACCUAAUCAUGCAGGCGGACGCCCGGCGCAGGCAGCGCAGCAAUGACAACUACUUUGACGACGUGCCGCGAUCCAAGCUGGAGCGACAGAUGGCCCAAGUCAGCAUGGCAGGCGAGUGGUGCGAGCCGAUCACGUUGCGUCCGCCCAACGAGGCCACCUCGUCCACCCCCGUCCAGUACUGGCAACAUCACCCCGAGAAGCUCAUCUUUCAGUCCUGUGACUACGAAGCCUAUUACCUGGGCUCCAUGCUGGUGAAAGAGCUGAGAGGAACGGAGUCCACACAAGAUGCCUGUGCCAAAAUGAGGAAGUCGACAGAACAGAUGAAGAAAGUGCCGACCAUCGUGCUCUCUGUGUCCUACAAGGGAGUGAAGUUCAUAGACGCCACAAAUAAGAACAUCAUAGCAGAACAUGAGAUUCGUAACAUCUCGUGUGCAGCUCAGGAUCCAGAGGAUCUGUCUACAUUUGCCUACAUCACCAAAGACCUCAAGUCCAGUCACCACUACUGCCACGUCUUCACUGCUUUUGACGUGAACCUGGCGUACGAGAUCAUCCUGACACUGGGCCAGGCCUUCGAGGUGGCCUACCAGCUGGCUCUGCAGGCCAGGAAGAGUGGCCACGGAUCGUCCACACUGCCAGAGAGCUUUGACAGCAAGCCCAGCAAGCCCGUCCCCAAACCUCGGGUCAACAUCCGCAAAUCUAUGGAGCAGCCGUCCAUGGACCCCAAGGGCCACGCCAACGUGCCGUGGAUUGUGGAGCCGGGUCAGGAGGCCAAGAGAGGAGUCAACACCAAGGCAAUGCCGGACGCUCAUGUCUAUUACUGUGGAAUGCAAAGAAUGUAGCCAGCCCUAAACACGGACCUUGUCACACAUACAAUGCAAAAUGGACUACAAAGGAUCCUCUUGCUCACUUUGCAAAGGACUACAAACAUGGACGCCACUCCACAGUGUUUAAGGUUGACUACAAAAUUUAAACAUUCAUCCACAUGAUACACGACACAGUUAAACAUAUUAGAAACAUACAUAACCAGUGUACACUAACAGGACUGCAUAAUGACAGAAGACUGUCUGCUUUGAAUGUACUCUUGUUUGAAAGCAGCCUCAACUUUCUUCAACUACAACAGGAUCUGUUUAAAGCGCCCAGCAGGGAGGUGUGGCCUGUGAACAUUUGGGCGGGCACAGGGUCUCUGUGGUAACAGGGCAUCUGUUGGGCUCACUAAAAGGCAUCACUGGGCAUGUGUCAGUGUUGGAAUGGGCAUGGGCUUAAGGACGUCUGGCCGGCUCUUUUAACCUUUUUUUUUUUUUUUUUUUUUUUCUUU